CCGCAACUGGCGCCUCGCUACUCUCGCGAUAUUUCAUUUAAUGGCCGGCUGGAGUCUGCCCUGUGUCUCGCGCAUUUGCAGCUUCAUGCUCCGUAUAUAAAGGAGGGCCUCGGCGCAAGAAGGACGGCUGAGCGACGCAGCCUUGGGAUUAACGAUAAGCUUGCGAUCAAUUCGCGAUUUUUUAAUUUGCUUUUAUUUUGUUUUUAUUAAUGUGACAAGAGCGUGAUGUCGAAUUCUUUUGAGGUUUUAAGCUCCAGGUGUUAGCCGUUUCCCGUGUGCUUUGGCGUCCGCUUGCUUUCCUUCUGGGUUUUUAAUACUCCGCUAGUAAUGGCGAGCUCGGCUAACUCUAACCCAGUGCCUAAACUCUAUCGGAGUGUCAUUGAGGAUGUGAUUAAUGACGUGCGGGAGCUCUUCCUGGAUGAGGGUGUCGAUGAACAGAUCCUACAGGAUCUGAAAACGCUGUGGGAGAGUAAGCUGAUGCAGUCGAAGGCGGUGGAGGGUUUCCACUCGGAGGAGCAGACCCUACAUGCGCAGCCGCAUCAGCAUGCCCCCCAGGCCCAGGUACAGGCACAUACCCAGCAGGUCGUCCUGCCUUCCACCCAUCAAGGUAAGCCCCGCCCCCCCCUUUUGGUGUGCCUGAACAGGUGGUGCUCUGGUUGUGAUACUUAUAGGGCUUGGAGGUGCUCUGGUUGCAUCUUUUCGCAGUCAGUGUGUGUCUCUCUCACAUUUAGCUAUUUAUUAACUAACCUGAGUCUCUCAACCUCACAGGAGCCCUUGAACAGUGGCGACGAUGUGAGUGAUGAAGAGGGCCAGGAGCUGUUUGAUACUGAGAAUGUGGUCGUGUGUCAGUAUGACAAGAUACACAGGAGUAAGAACAAAUGGAAGUUCCACCUGAAAGAUGGCAUCAUGAACCUGAAUGGAAGAGACUACGUCUUCUCCAAAGCCAUCGGGGAUGCCGAGUGGUAGAGCGAAGGGACUGGCGCGCCUCCGGUGGGCUGGGGGGGGACGGCGCACACAUCAGGCCCUUUACGGACUCCGUGCGUUUCGGCGUGGCAUGCGGACAUGUCGCGGCGCAGAGCCGCCAGGCCCCGCAAGUACGAGUGGCAACACUAUAACGUUAAAGCAAACACCCCCCGCCCUCCCCAUUCGCACAUCGCUGAAAAAUACGCUGGUUUCUUUGUUCAUCAUGCAAAAGACUGGUGACUGUAGGAUUUUUUUCUUUUCUUUUUUUUUUUUAUUUUUUAAAACAUUCUUUUUACUUCUGUGGUUCAUCCUAGGGCUAGUGGACCAGCUAAACUCAAAUCUGACGCCCCUUUUGGUUAAACACUCAAGAUCACCCUUCCUCCUCCAUGCCGGAGCCAGCAGCCCUAGUGAUUUUAAGGUCGGGAAUUUGAUUGGUCGGCACCAGCAGUGGCAAGCGUUUCGCAGGACGCCAUUAGUGACACUUGUUUGUUCAGCUUUUUUUUUUUUUUUUACUUUUCCAGCCAUGUGUUGCAGUGGAUAUUCAAGCCCUUCGUCAAACUUGUAGAUAACAUUGAACAGAUUGCCUCGUAGGUGUAGAAUAGUGCAGAGCUGGUCACCACAGAGGGUUAUGUGUGAUUGGAGUGGUAAUCAGCUGUGAUUUGACUGAACCUUUGAAAAAUGGAGGGUGGGUGUCUGGCCGCAUCUUUUGUUUUUUGUUUUUUUUAUGGUCUGUUUGGGGGGUUCAUUUUCCCCAGGCUGGUGAAUUCUUUUUUUUUUUUUUUUUAAUCAUCAUUUUGCUGCACCAUUUCACCCCUUCUCCAUGGUGUCCAAAAGUCCUGACUGGUUGCCCCCACCCACCCACCAAUAGUCAACACCGCUUCUGACAGGUUUUACCAUCAGAUUAUCAUUCUCUUCCUCCAUAGUGUACUACAGUAACCUUUAAUAAUCAUGUUCGCAUUCAUUAUUUAUUCCUGACAGGUUGGGGCCGUUUACUGGGGAAGGUGAGACCAUGCCAAACUGUGCUCUUAUUACAAUACAAGUGUUCCUUUUUCAAAGGGGUAUCUUUCGUUGGUUUGAUUUGUAUUUGUUCAACCUUUUAAUCAAAUCUUCUGUGUUGUACUUGAAUUCUAAUCAUGAAUUUUAUCUUGUAAGGACUUUCAUCCUGAGACUUUUUUCCUUGCAUUUUGUUUUAACAGUGCAGUAUUGUGUAAUUUUAGAUCAAUGAAAGGGCAUGUGAUUUUGUUUUUUUUUUUUUCUCUCCACACACCGCUUGUUAGGUCUGCGCUGUCACUGCUUUGAGAAAUAUAUUCUGCCUGAUGAGCUGAUAUGCACAAUAUUUUAUAGAACACAACGAGGGGGUGGGAUUGGAUUUAAAUUUGGACCACUGGAUUGCGAGGGCCAAUGUGUCCCCUGGCAGUCGGCAGAGUUUUUAAAGACGCGGGUUUCUCCAGUUUCUCAUUUUACCUGUCGUUAUUUCAACAGCAGACGCGUUUUAUUGUAGCUUGUUGUGUUUGUAUGUCCAAGCGUACCUUCUCAUAGUUUGUGCCUUGCAGUUUAUUUCUGCGUUCAGGUAUUCAAAGGAAGUUUAAUUGGGAGCCCUGGGGGAUGUUUUGAAAGGAAGUCAUUUGAACGUUCUGUGUCAGCUUAACCUUACCACAAUAAACCUGUUUUCUACUGUG